AUGUUUAUAUAUAACUGGAGAGCUAAAAAUGAAUUGGUUUCAGUGGGCAUCAGCUUCGGUAGACCGAGGUUAUUCCUGAAUGGAGUUUACACCAACACGAAUAAGCACCAGCAAUAUCAAAUGAGCCCGUACAAUAUAGUUCCCGGGAUAAGAUUCGUCAAAGUGAAAGAAAAACAGACGGGUGACUUCGACGAGUGUUACGGAAAAGUCGACGAAAGCAGGGAGGCGUGCUUAAGGCACAAGAAUCCAGAUAUAAACAGAUUUCAACCGGAUAGUGAUUCUGGUGAGGAUUUGGAUCGAUCUUUCCAUGGAUACAACAAUUUUUCACACGAUUACGUAGACAUAAACGAUCUACUUAGAACCAACAAGUUAGUACAGAAGAAAGACAAGAAUAAGAAGAGUUACAUCUUCAAAGUGCUUAAGCCGAAUAAAUUUGAUAGGUUCACGUAUGAUCUGACGAAAUUCAGACGCGAUAAUAGGAAAAGGAAAUACAAAUCCGAGGAUAGUGACUCGAGCGACGAAACCGAAGAAUCCUCGUUGGAAAACGUCAACCAAGGAAGAAUAGCCAAAAACAAAAGGUUCCAGAUAGCAGAAAAAUCCAAUUCUGACUCGUCAGAUAGUUCGGAGGAAAUAAAACAGAGGAAAAGGAAAAAGAAAUCCAAAAUUCCCAGCGAUGGAAUGAUGUAUAUGCAAUCCCCGUCACGAUUGUACGAAUUGAGACGCCGUCUGCCAAAUUUCUUCCCAAAAAGGUACCACUGGGAUGAGAACGAUAUGAAAGAUUUAAGAAACUAUUGGUUUAGUGGCCCCCAAGGGAAAUACUGGGGACAAUAUAAAACGCCGUACUCUUAA